AUGUUCAAUUCGAUAUCUAGCCCUAAGAACUUCGCAAAUAUUUCUCGGUCAUCAUAUGGCCACCCAGAUGAUGAUGAUGACGAUGCCUAUGCCGGCCAGCAUGAUCACUCUGAUUUCGAUGAAGACGACGAAGCUGCAGACCUCAACGACAUGCUUGUGGGACACCAUGAUGACGUUAGUGACGACCAUAAUGACGGCUAUGGAGACUACGAAGAUGACCAGAGCGAUAGUGCCGAUGGCUUCGACGACGCCGGCCUAGACGAUGUUGUGGGGGAACCUGCUGAAGCCGACAACUCUCCUUCUCGCAGUGAUUUCAAUCAUGGUAUUCCCAAUAUAACUGAGCCAUCAGAGUUUAUCCUAGCCCUCUCAGACCUCCUUGAGAACGCCCACAGCGUUCUAGAACCACUCGAAGAUGCCGACGAACACACCCAAAACGAUCCUAGCCCAAUUGGCCGGCAUAUUCUUUCUGAAACUCAGCGCCGCCUUUACCUUCAAAGACUAUCCUUCCGGAUUCUAAACUCAAUAGCCAAUUGUUCAUCUAGUACUAAAAACGACCGGCUCGAUGAUGCGCUACGUCUAACAUCUUUAAUGCUUCCGCUUUACUUCCCCCCGCCCUUAGACCUCACCACUAUUGACCUCAAGUCAAAUGCUCCACUCCUAAGGGAACUGUCGCCUCCUCGUCCGGCCCCACUCAUUCUAAUCCAGUGGCUAAAUCAGAACGACCAACAUUUGGAUCCCAGCUCUUUUUUGGAUGUACUAGACUAUAGGCCUAACCAGGCCUUGCAUUAUGACUUUUGGUCCCUCUUACAAAAAUUGGCUCUGCGCUGUCGUCUGGAUGACCUGAGGCUGCUGUUGGGGAGUCCGCGUUGGGAUGUUACAGAGUCCUCCCAACCGGGAGCACAGACCUACAAUCGUCUCGCCGCGAGUAACCUGCAAAAGGCUAGCAAAAUCAUACAAGAUAUAGUUUCCCAAUGCCCUUCUCUUAGAUUUUUCCCAUGCUCGAAAAAUGACACAACAGCGCACAAAAUUAACCGACGAGGUGGAGAUAACACUGGAGAGGAAAACUGGGACACUAGCUCACUUCCUUGGAGGAUGUGGAGAUCAAAAAUUGCCCGGGCUGUCGACGAGAUAGCACGGAUCUCACAGCAAGAUCCGCAUAUCGUAAAACGAAGCAACCCACAGGAUACCCUGAAUGACCCAAGUCGGCUAUUUAGGGCUAAGAAUAGCGCUUACUCGAGCUCCGAACAAUCUCACUUGAUACCCUACGGAAUAGCCCAGGAGCUACGCGUUAUUCUCCAGGUUUUCCUAGGUGACAGGGAAACUAUCUUAAAAAUAUCAGGCGGGUGGCUAGAGGCGGUUGCGGGGUUGGCCGCCUACCAUGAUGAGACAGGUUCCUCUGGGGAUGGAAUGGAAUGGGACAAAUACGGGCGGUCGGGAAUGACAAACAGGGCUACCAAUGCGUAUCACGAAGAUGCCGCCAAAAAGCUGGCUAAAUCCUUUCAUCUCGCUACCGACAAAGUGUUUUCACUCCCUGCAGUCCGGAACCUACAAUCGGCGAUCGCCGACAUCCUCGCAGGCAGGGUUCCCAAGGCGCUGAAAUUCCUCGCCAAGUUGAGUCUCCCAGUCGCUAGCGCGGCUGCAGAGAUUCUUGCAUGGGGUGGAUAUUUCCGGUUCGAACUUAUGGAUGGUUUGCAGUCUUCAACAUAUCUCCACCCCGACUCCUUGGGGCUCCUAGGAUCUGGUAGGGAAAAAGACAACGUGAAGGAAAAGAUAGUUUCCACGUAUGCAUUAGCACUAGGUUCCCUUGGAAUAUUACAUAAAGGCAAGGCAGAAACCAUCGAAGGCUGGGAGAUUGGGCUAGCAACUUUAAGGAGGACGACCACGGCUGGGACAAGAAAGGCGGCAUCCAGAUUGAUUAAAUCCGUCAAGCUAGACGUAGAUGAAACAGCUCGGGUAGAACGUCUUGUUGAUACAUGUGGGAAGCAUGGCCUCGCUGACGAGCAAAAGUAUGUGUCAGAGUCUUUUGCGCAGAAGCUCUUAUCAGCCGGGUCUAUUGGAUCUUCAUUACUCUACUUUUCGAAAGCCGGAUGCAACUCCCGUAUUCACGAUGUUAUGGCUGGAUAUGUUUGCUCGUCUCUAAGGAGGGGGGGGUUGGUACCGCUCGAUGAAGACAUUGAUGACAUUAUGCGAGGGUUACUCACAUCACCUACCUCGUUGGUGGGAGAUGACAUUCUGCGCAGAGAAAUCGCGGGGUUCGCUGCCUUACGAGGGUUUUACGCGUCGAAGCAAGAAGGUCGGUUCGAAGAUGCUGCUCAGACGUUGGUGGUCCUUCUCUUGAGCGCUGGUGAGAAACUUGAUGGUGGAAUAUUACAUCAGGACUGGGAAAGUGUUCUGGCUCCAGAUAAUAUUGCUGGGCUUAUUUAUGAGCUCCUACAUGUCUCUGAGAAUGAUAAAUCUGGCCACGACUUUUCGAUUUAUCUCAACAACUCUGACAUUUUCAAUGUUUUGAACGUGGUAGAGUCAUUGUUUCUCGUUGGAGGUGAAACUCUCGAGUCUGUUCAAGAGGAAUUCUACCAGAUACAACAAGCUAGAAACAUUCCUCUUAAACUAGAUUUUUUCGAAGCCGUCUCAACCCUCCGAUCCACCCUAGCCAUAGGAAUCGGAAAUAAUUGGUUGAGAGAGGAAAACGGGAAACGUCUUGUGUUUUGA